CCAGGAAUUCCUAGACCGGCCUUGAAUUAAAGGUACUCUUCUCUGUCUGGAUUCUCCUGCCCUUGAUACUAGAGACAACCCAGGACGUGUAGGCAAGACAAGUGCCUCUGCCUCCAGAGUGCUGGGACUGAAGGUUUGCCGUCUUGAGACCCCAUGGCUGUCCUUCCUGGGUUCUGGGGUUCUUUUGCCCACGUCAGCAGAACGUUCGGCCCGCGCUGCUUCAGCACCUCCGGGAGCCUCCGUGCAAUCCAGAAAAUGACUCGGGUGCGUGUAGUGGACAAUAGUGCCCUGGGGAACACCCCGUACCAUCGGCCUCCGCGAUGCAUCCAUGUCUACAACAAGAGUGGGGUGGGCAAGGUAGGCGACCAAAUUCUGCUGGCCAUCAAGGGACAGAAGAAGAAAGCACUCAUUGUGGGACAUCGCAUGCCUGGCUCCCGAAUGACCCCAAGGUUUGACUCUAACAACGUGGUCCUCAUUGAGGACAAUGGGAACCCCGUGGGGACUCGGAUUAAAACACCUAUCCCAACCAGCCUUCGCAAGAGGGAAGGCGAGUAUUCCAAAGUGUUGGCCAUAGCUCAGAACUUUGUGUGAGCAGCGUGCCUCUGAGCCGUGCAGCCAUUCCCUUCACACUGGUGACAGUUGGAACAGAAUAAAUGUUUUAACGUGUGCUUCCUU